AUGGCUGGGGCUGAAGUGAGGGUACCAAUGCGCGAGACUUUUGUAUCCUACCUCCACCCAGGAACCUUGGUGGUCUACGGCAUUCUGCAGGAAGGCAUCAUGACGGUGUCUUAUGACGGCAGCCUUUUCACAUACUCAGUCUUUCUCGUGCUUUGCAACCGAUUGGCCGCUGUUCUCUUUGCUGCAGCAAUGGCAUUCGUCAAGGGUGAGAGAAUGCAGAAUGAGGCACCCAUUUGGAAGUAUCUGAUCGUCUCCUUGUCGAACGUCUACGCCAGCUCUUGCCAGUACGAGGCGUUGAAAUAUGUGUCUUUCGCUGUGCAGAUGCUUGGGAAGAGCUUCAAGAUGAUGCCCGUGAUGAUUUGGGGCAUCAUCAUCUCCGGAAAGACCUACGGAAUGAGGGACUGGUCGGUGGCGCUUGCCGUCACACUGGGCUGCACGGAGUUUCUGAUGACCGGUCCCACGCACUCGAAGGUGAGCUCCGCCAACAGCUUCAAGGGCUUCCUUCUCCUGGGCGGCUUCCUGGCUCUUGACGGGCUGACCUCAACCUUCCAAGAAAAGCUCUUCAAGGCUGAAGCCUCGAUCCCCGAGCACAAAACGACGAAGUACAAUCAGAUGUUGUACAUCAAUCUCCUGUCUGCCACAGUCUCUCUGGCGACAUUGCUGGCCUGUCGCUUGGAGACAGAGUUGUGUGCUGCCUGCGGCACCAGGCAAGUGGAUGGCAAUUUCUCCGAUGACUCCGCGGAUGGGGCACAUGAGGACAUAGAUGAUGCUCUGGAGGCUGAGCAGGACGAAGAGCAAGAGCACCUGGAGUCUUCGCAGUCGGUCCCUCGCUCGACGGCUCCAGAGUUGGCAGAUUUGCAGACCCUGGGCAUUGUCGCCCGAGAUGCUGACGGUGCUGGGUAUGGUGAAGAUGUGACAGACCCCGCAAGUGAGGAACUUCCGGUAGCAGGAGCCGCACUCCCGGCGCAUUGGUUUGUGAGCGACGCCUCGCAUCUGCAGGGCCUGGAUUCUGGAGCAAUCACUGCCAGCGCCAUGCACGCUUUCAUCCGGUCCGUGGGCUGUCCUGUGGAGUUCCCAUGGACCUCUGCAUCUGCUGAUGAAGUCGUGGUGUUUGCGAUGCGCCGGGACCAGGCGUUGCGGGCACAGCAUCUCUUGCAGCUUCCAAGAAAUCGACUACAGGAAGAGCUUGAAAGGAUCCAGUUCGAGAGUCAUGAGUCUUUGGAGGGGGAGGAUGUCGUCGAAUCAGACCUCGUGUCCGAGCCGUUUCAUACCCGAGGUAAUUUCACUCACUUCCGUGUCCGACCACGGUUCCUGGAAUCCGCCGGAGCACUUGAUGCGCUUCCAUUCCUGUCUGGGAUGUCUUUCAGCCGGGGCCGUACAAUGGAUCCGGUCCAGUUGCGGGCCAUGUCCUGCUUGGCAGCUGGAGAAGCCGUGAUGUUCUGUGCCCCGACAUCUGCAGGGAAGACUGCCGUGGCCGAGUACGCGUUGGAGACCGCCUUGCGCUCCUCUCGACGAUCUAUCUAUACGACUCCGAUAAAAGCGCUGUCUAACCAGAAGUACAAAGAAUUGUGUGCCUUGUUUGGCUCUUCACGGGUGGGCAUACUCACGGGCGACACCACCAUCGCUAGCGAUGCUCCCGUGGUUGUCAUGACGAUGGAGAUUCUGCAGGCAAUGCUCUACAGGCAGGCACGCGACCCAUUGCUACUGGAUGACUUUGCCUGUGUUGUGGUGGACGAGGCUCACUUCUUGGGGAACGAAGGACGAGGUUUCGCCUGGGAAGAAGUGAUGAUUAUGCUUCCAUCUCAUCUUCAACUGAUUCUGCUUUCUGCCACCGUUCCAAACAGCCGUGGCAUUGCACAGUGGAUCGCCAGCAUGCGAGUGCAACCUGUGAAUGUGGUCGAAACCAAGUCUCGGCCAGUGCCGCUGCGCAACGAAGUGUACAGGUGUGGUCAUCCAUCUUUCCGUGGCGGCCGGUGGAAAUCCUUCUUUCCAGCGCUGAAUUCCUCGGGUCGAGUCAAUCGUCAGAGCAUUCGUACCGCAGCCUACCAGCGGCGGGUGCUGCUCCAGGAAGCCUCUGUGUGGCGGUGCCCAGAGCAGCUGAUCCCAAGGUUUAUCGGCCGCAAAGGUCAGAACCUGCGAACUCUGGAAGCCGGCCGAGCAAAGAUCACUCUUGUGGAUGGCCAGAUCUGCGUGAGCAAUGGCAGAAGCCGACGUGCUGAGUGGGACGUGAAAGAUGACAUCGAGAGCUGGCUUCUGGAGCAAGGUGCCAAACGGCUGGACUUUGCAACUCGCGCAAGCCGGCAAGCCAUCAAGCAGCGCCUUGAUUCUGGCUUGUCGUCAUUGGAGGAGGGGGACCAGCGCCUAGCUCAAGUUCGACACUCUCGGGAGUUGCUGCUCAGGGGCAUCGGUGUGCAUCACAGCGGCAUGUUGCCGAUUCUCCGCGAGUUGGUGGAGUUACUUUUUGCCGAGGGCCUGCUGCCAGUUGUCUUCGCCACCGAAACCUUCGCCAUCGGCUUAAACAUGCCCGCCAAGUCAGUGAUCUUCAUGGACUUGGUGAAGUUCGACGGGCAGCGGCGUAGACUGGUGAAUGCGGGUGAGUUUGCGCAGAUGGCUGGACGCGCGGGCCGCCGGGGAAAGGACCUUCAAGGCCACGUCUACGUGAUGUUGCACAGCUCCGAGAUCCUGGAGCAGCCUAUUGAGUACGUUCUCGAGGACUUGUACUCCUCCUCAGCGCCCCAGGUUUCCAGUUGCUUUCGGCUUCGUUGGUCGUCUUUGCUGCAUCUCAUCUCCACUGGGCCGGCGCAUCUCUACUCUAUGCUGACGAACAGCCUGCUCUCCUACGCCGAUCCCGUGGCGGCACAGGAGCUCAAGGACGAGGCCGAGCGGAAAAUGUGCGCCCUGCAGGCAAUGAAUUUCGUGGACUCCUCCUGCGCUGCCCUGCCGAAAGGAACUCUUGCUUGUCACUUCUUCGUACCAGAUGAUGGCUUGCUGGUGUCCGAAAUCGUCCUGGCUCUGCGCGGGUUCAUUGGGUUGAGUGCUGCGCAGAUCUUUGCGGUGUGCGCUUGCUUUGUCGCAGAGGGAAGGCAUCCAGACAACUGGAAACGUUACAUUUCCGAUGCCAAGGUCAAAGAGAGCAUUGCCACUUGUAAAAGCGUAGCUCGUCAAAUGGCUUGCCGACUCCACGGCUUUGCCCUUCCGUGCUUCGAGCGCUGCGAUCAGCUAACAUGUGGGUUUUGCGAUGGAGCUGCUUUCGCAGCCGCACGUGUGAACCCAAGCUUCGCGGAAACUGCUUACAGAUGGGCCCGCGGCGACGAUUUCACUGAAGCCGUCUUGCAGAGCCGGGUGCCUGUUGGCGGUGAAGGGAUUGUCGUGCGGACUCUCCGUCGGCUCGACGAGUUAAUGAGGGAAGUGACAUUUGUCCUACGGCAUGACCUUGGUGCAACACAGGUGGCAGAUUCCAUCCGGGAGGCGCGGCUUCAGGCCCGUCGAGGCGUCCUAGCGAUGCAGUCGGCAUAUCUUGGCGAGCAAGACGACCUAGCCGGCGAAGAGCUCGAGCCUGAACCCCCUUUUCCGCAACAACUGUUGCCACUAGGCCCCGGGUGGCUGGACCCUCUGGACAUCAUGUUCAGCCAAGGGCACUGUGCGGCGAAGUUUCGAAGACCCAUUGAGACGGGCGCCGUAACAGCUGCAUCCAUCAUGGAGUUGGCGCAGGCACUUGCUCAUGGCGACUUGGAGAUCUCUCAGUUCAGUCUGGAGAUUAAUUUAUUGGUUUCGACACCGCUUCUACUCUCUGGGCAACCGCCGUCUUGCCGCCUUCCGGCUGUGGAGGCUGCUGUUGGGGACUCCACAGUCAGUGCCUGUCGUUGUGGUGGACAAGUCGAGGGCGGUGAAGCGGCAUUGGCUUUCAAAGUUCACCACCGGGUUCACAGGGGGGCGGAAAAUCCGAGUCACCCAUACCGGAGAGUACAUUGGAAUGAGCCGCGAGCAGUCCACAUACGGCCAGUCUUUGUGGCGCCCAUGAUUCCUUCCGCGGAGCUGUCGGUUUCAGCGCUUUUGGCGAGAGCUACAGCAGCUGAAAGUAUGGGCUGGUUCGUCCUUCGAUUUGAGACGUCCAGUUCUUUUCAACAUCGCCCGCCAUCACCGGGUACAGCCUUGUCGUGUUUUGCACUAGAUGCUCAAGAGCACAAGGCUUCGCUCUCCGGCAGAUUCAGGGUGCGAGACAGGAUGAAAAUGUGA